AGUUGUCCGGUUCUGUCGUUGGUGGGUCUGGCACUGCUAUUUUUGGGCUGGAUCCUUACGACCCUUACUCCAAUUCAACCAGAGAUAGUUUUGCCGAAGCCGUCAGGCACAUGAAGCAGUCAGCGAGGAGGACCCGCGCUUUCUGGCGGAGCUCUCCCGGUGCGUAGACCGAGAUCGGCUCCUGCUGUGGGAGACGAAGGUCCUGGCCGUGACGAAGCUUCCCCUGCACGAUCUGAGGGACUUCCUGGAAUCCAGCUGGAUGUUCUCCAUGACCAACGCCAUGGUUCUCAACUUCAACGAUAAGGCUGAUGGCUCAAGGGGCGGCGUCUACGCUACUUGCCAUACGGCAGGAGUGGACGAGGACAGAUGGUCAGGGUAGGAGCCGGUCCCAGGAGGGCGGUCUGACGGCGGUCUCGAACUUCCAGCUUUACUCUGAGAAAUACCUGAACUUCUUCGGUGCAGAGGUGGGCAUGACGGUGUGGCCCUUCAUGCCAUAUUUUAUGGCUCGAGAGGAGCCUGUGGACGCCAGCAGUGGCGCACCUAGCGGGAGCACAAGCAACUACACUGGGAGAGACCACAUCAUGCUCGAGACCAUGAACCAGUUUCUCAAUUUCUCCAUCAUGUUCAUUCCCACCAAAUCCUGGGAUGAGGUCAUUCUCCUGGUGAAGCAACGCGUGUCCUUCAUGUCCCCGAUGAAGCUGGCCAUCAUGCCCCACCUCUUGAAGGAAUUCGAUUUCACAGUCCCCAUUGAGCCUGCCACGCCGACGUUCAGUAUGACCAAGCCUAAGCUGAAGCCCCGCCACUUGAACUUCAUCAGCGAAUCGUCCACGAUGAAUUCGGCGAGGCUUCUGGUGGGUUUUUGUGUGGUGUUCUCCUUCAUCAUGGGCACGGCCUACAGGGGAAACCCAACCGCUUUCUUGACCAUACCCAAAUACCCGCCCAGGGCAGAGAACCUCCCGCAGCUGCUAGCGAAGAACGCCAAGGUAAGUGAUGAAAUUUUCACCAAGCCUAUCAAUCUUAAUGCUGAUGCCAGUACUAAACGUGAGGUUUUUGACCGCCAUAGCUGCACAGAAAAGAAAAAACCAGCAGACAGCACUACUCGCCCCUUUUCUUAUAGGUCUCUUAUGAAAACAAAUUAUCUUAUUGGACCAGAUUCAAACUUUAUUAAGACUGAAGAUGAAUUAUCUGUUGUCAUUCCUAAUCCACGGACUGUUGACAAAAUGGCUCCUGUCAUCGAUCAUAAUGUAUAUCCUACGCUGAAGACCCGCUGGCAAAGCCUCUAUUAUCCACUGACGGGUCAAGUCUGGGCUUCGAUCCUGGCCAUGAUGAUUAUCAUGCCCGUCGUUUUCAUCGUGCCUACUACUCCCCCUAGUACUAACUGCCUUCUUGCCUUCAAAGAUCACCAAUAUCGGAAAUGCCCGCGAGAACAAGGGUCUCCCUGGAAGGAUCAUCCUGGAAAUGACUGGAACUCUCCUUGGUCAGAACUUCAGCGAAUCGUCCACGACGAAUUCGGCGAGGCUUCUGGUGGGUUUUGGGUGGUGUUCGCCUUCAUCGUGGGCACGGCCUACAGGGGAAACCCAACCGCUUUCUUGACCAUACCCAAAUACCCGCCCAGGGCAGAGAACCUCCCGCAGCUGCUAGCGAAGAACGCCAAGGUACCGAUGCCCCCAGACGCCGUUGACUUCUACAACGGCAUCAAGCAGUCGCCCUCCAGCGAAUUUCGAACUCUCAGCGAAAGGGUGACCUUCGUAGACUCCUUCUGGGAAGGCCUACAAAUGGCCGAGACUUCCAAUUCAGCCUACAUGUACGAGCGACGCUUCAUGGAGCUAAAAGCCCGUCACUUUACCCCCCUCCAGUCAUCCAGCCGCCUUUACGUUGCGCGCCAAAACACUUGGGAAAUAUGCAUACGGGACGCCCCUUUCAAGCCUGUCAUAGACCGAUGCAUCCAUGCUUUUAAUGAGCAACAGCAGCAAGAAGAAACUGCGGUGGGAGGCGACGAGGAAAUUGAAGAAAAAGAAGAAGAGGAAGAAGAAGAAGAAGCGAAGAGCGACCAGCGCACAGAAACAAGCCAGGCUUUGACCAUCGUCCACAUGCAAGGUCAGCUGUUCUUGCUGUUGCUGGGGCUCGCUGUUGCUGGCUCUGUGUUCGCUGUGGAGGCGACGCUGCACGCUUGCUUCGUGCAGCGCUAA